GGUGGUGACGGCGGACGUUACCCACACUCGCACGCACUCGUCGUCACCAUCGAGCAAGAAUAAAGGCAGGCGCAGGCACACACACAGGCGUGCGUGCACACACGCACACUGCGGAUGUUUUGUUCGAUGUGGAUGUAGUCGUUAUCUUUGUUUUUUUUUCUUCUUCUUUUUUUUGUGGAAUGUGAUCUUGGGAACUGGAGCAGACCGUACGGUCGACCUUGACGCCGUGGGCUCCAUACGCGCGGGCGCGCGCGCCGUGCUGCCGUUCUAAUGGCCGUCGCCGUGCUUUUUCUGUCCGUUUGUGUUUGUGUUUGAGUUCUCGCCAGAAAACGGCCGGCAGCCCAGCUAUAUAACACCGUGGGAAAUGUAUACGUAGAAGCAAAAGCGUGCCUAGUCGUGGUCGAGCGCUGCUCGUCAUGUGUGUAGUUAGUGAACUAGUUAGCUGGCGUUAGCGCGCCGCGUGCCGCCGCGCGCUCUGAGUCUGAGAAGGUGCCCCACAGCCGCGUGUUUUGGCUGCGCUGUUUCAUAACGUUUUAUCGCGACUGUCUGCUCGGCUGAAGGCAGCCAGAGGUUGGUUCGGCGUGUGUGUUCGUUCGUUCCUGGAAUGAAGAUGUGAGAAGUGUGUUAGCUAACGCGAGUUGUGUAGCAGACCACCGCGGUGCUCCAUGUUAUUUUACUGACUACACACACACAGGCUCUGACGAGGCCUUACCAUGAGUGCCUCAGAAACUGGAAACUGGUUCGCAUGAUGUAAUGAUUUCUUGGUUUAUUGAAUUUGAUUUAAUUUCCUUUUGUGGUUUGUUUCUGUCAUUUCAGUAGCGACAGUCGCGCUCGUGGUAGUGUACAGUACUGCCUUUUCAAUAUCAUAUUCAUAUUGUGCCGUUCGUUCAGCGACCACUCCAAUAUUAAGUUUGUUUCAAGUUUUUUAGGUAGUACCGUGUAUUAAUAUUUAUUGUAAAUGAAUAGGAACUUGUUCUGAGAGGGUCCGCGGCGUCUCCGCCUCUCUCUCGCCGCCAGGUGAACGUCUGCUGUCUGUGUGACACCUCGCGCGCGUACACACACAGACUCGCGGGCGGCGCGCGGCGUCCGGUCGCACCGCGCGGGACAGUGUCAGUUGGACUGGGAGCGGAGCCUCGCGACCCCCGCGUGCCGCUGCCGCCAUGGCCUGGGCUCUGAAGCUGCCGCUCGCCGACGAAGUGAUCGAGUCGGGUCUUGUUCAGGACUUUGACGCGAGUCUGUCGGGCAUCGGACAGGAGCUGGGAGCCGGAGCGUACAGCAUGAGUGAUGUGCUGGCACUCCCCAUCUUCAAGCAAGAGGAGUCCAACCUGCCCCCUGACGAUGAGAAUAAGGUUCUGCCCUUCCAGUAUGUUCUAUGUGCCGCCACUUCCCCUGCAGUCAAGUUGCACGAAGAGACGCUGACCUACCUCAACCAAGGGCAAUCAUACGAAAUCCGAAUGCUUGACAAUCGAAAAAUGGGAGAACUCCCUGAAAUUACAGGCAAAAUGGUGAAGAGCAUCAUACGGGUGGUGUUCCAUGACCGGCGCUUGCAGUACACUGAGCAUCAGCAGUUGGAGGGCUGGCGUUGGAACAGGCCAGGAGACCGUAUCCUUGACCUGGAUAUUCCUAUGUCUGUCGGAAUCACUGACCCCAGAGCUAACCCCACACAGCUCAAUACUGUGGAGUUCCUGUGGGACCCAUCAAAGAGGACCUCUGUCUUCAUUCAGGUGCACUGCAUCAGCACAGAGUUCACCAUGCGCAAGCACGGUGGGGAGAAAGGAGUACCCUUCCGCAUCCAGAUUGACACUUUCAAGGAGAAUGAGAGUGGGGAAUACACCGAACACCUGCACUCUGCCAGCUGCCAAGUCAAAGUGUUCAAGCCCAAGGGCGCAGACCGAAAGCAGAAGACAGACCGUGAGAAAAUGGAGAAGCGAGCUCCGCAGGAGAAGGAGAAGUAUCAGCCAUCCUACGAGACCACCAUCCUCACUGAGUGCUCUCCUUGGCCAGAGGCCACAUAUGUCAACAACUCGCCUUCUCCUGGUUUCAACAGCAGUCGCAGCAGUUUCCCUGUGACAGAAAGUAAUGGUUCUCCCAAACAUCAGCCAGAGCCUGUGGCACAAGUGGCAGAUUUGUCGUGCCAUCUACUUAGAAGAGACAGUGAAAGCUCUCAGAAUUUGUUGCCUACAGCGACACCACAGGAUGCUCAGCAGUGGCUCCAUAGAAACCGCUUUUCACCAUUCUGCCGGCUCUUCACCAAUUUCUCUGGAGCAGACCUUCUGAAACUUACGAGGGAAGAUGUCAUUCAGAUCUGUGGUCCAGCAGAUGGAAUUCGACUCUUUAAUGCACUGAAAGGAAGGGUUGUGCGUCCACGGCUCACCAUCUACGUGUGCCAGGAGUCCCAGCAAGUACGAGAGCAGCAGAAACAGGAGAAUGGAGAUGGCGCUGGCAGCACUUUUUAUGUUUACCAUGCCAUUUACCUGGAGGACUUGACUGCAGUGGAGUUGACAGAGAAGAUCGCACAGCUCUUCAGCAUCUCGCCACAGCAGAUCAGUCAGAUCUUCAAACAGGGUCCCACUGGUAUCCAUGUCCUUGUCAGUGAUGAGAUGAUUCAGAACUUUCAGGAUGAGGCAUGUUUUGUCCUGGAUACAAUGAAAGCUGAGGCUAAUGACAGUUACCACAUUAUCCUGAAGUGAGGAGACGUCAACUAGCACUGGAAGGGAGGAGGGCUUGGCAAGAUGUGGAUGAAUGAAAAAUGCAGACAAAAUAUGUUACCCUUGAUACUUCAACACUGCCUUCAACACCCCCCCAAACUAACACAACAGUCUUACUUUUCUGCAGUCUGCGAGAUAACAGACCAGUGGUGUCCAGGCGAUAUUCCUUGACUCCUCAAAAGGAUAACAUGCACCACUUUUUGUCAUACUUACUCAAGGAGAGUCUUUGCACUACCAAGCCUAAUACUUUCUACCCUCAUGCAGUCUGAAAAUAUUUGCUCACAUUUUCAGUGAUUCUGUAUCACCUGAGUGUGUGGUGUGCCAAAGCAAACACAUGUAUUGAUUGUAAGUUUUGUCACUUUUAGGAAGUUGGCAUCAUGAGUCAGCAGUGUUUUUUUUCUGAGGCUCCCUAAUGAAUUGUUCAUGUCAAGAUGUAAACAAAUUGUAAUGUUUGGUUUUUUUUUUUAUUAUUAUUAUAAAUCCUAGGUAUCUGUACUAUAUCAAGGUUAUAAUGACAACCUGAACUGCCACAUCUAGUUCUGCUAAGAAGCCUGAAAGUAGGUAGGCAGUAAAACUGGAGGGCACUUAGAUAAUUGGUAUUAAUGGCAACAAUUCAAUGUUUUACCACAUAAUUGCGCUUAGGGGUAAAGGCACUGUGAAAUGCUUUCACGUUGUCUUUUUCACAUGUGUGUCUUAUUUGAUCUUUGGCAGUAAGAGUAUAGGUGUAGUUUCAUAUGUAUACUCAAAAUAAGUGAGGUCUGAGGGGAGUUCCUGUUGAGAGCCACUUUUCCUCUCUUUUUUUUGGAAUAUAUGCCUUCCUGUCAUGAGCAUUAAAUAAGGAAUGAUUCCAAGUAGUUUAGUGAUUUGUGCCACCCCCCCCCCCCCCUCAAAUUGUUGAAGGAUACUUGAAGGUGUGCUUUGUAUACAGAGAUAGGGAUGAGUAUUUUGAGACUUCCUGCACGUUAGUUUCCACGAAUUAGCUACAUUUAUGGCCUGUGCUGUUGGCCUUGCCUGUUUUAGCACUUUACAAAAUGUGAGGCCCUGGACUCUCACUAGAAGUGUCUAGUGUGACAAGCUAUGAUCCUGGCCCUUGGCCCACUUUCCCAGCUCCAGGAGGAAGUGUAAACUGCUUAUCUGCAGUGUCCCCUAUCCUGUCUUAAUGUUGUUUUGAAAGAGAAGGAACCACAACAUUUAGGAAAAAUAAAUAACUGCCCUCACAGCUGUUACAGGAAUUCCACACCAUCUUAACCCAAGUAGUGCCAUGUGUGUACCUUGUAGAAAAUUUCCCAUGUGCUCAAGAUUUUCAACUAAUGUCCCUUUUAAAAACCCACUUGGGAUGGAGGAUUGUGUGCAAAAUCAUCUUUUAAAACAAUUCGUAAACCUUUCAGCGGGAAGAAUUUUUAGAUUUUUUUUUUUGAAGAGCUGAACUUUUAACACAUUUCUAGCAUGUAUCUCCUACUGAAAUGUUAUAGGGCAAAGCUAACACUGAUUGUAAAUUGUACCGAAUGCAUAAAUGGUUUGCAAGAUUGGAAUGUAAACAUCUGGUUUGUCUUUGCCCCUGGCCCUCAUCACUGAAUUGAUUAAAUGGCUUACUUUCA